CCGGGAUGUAGAACAGCGAUUAUCAGCUUGCGCCAACUGCAUUUCCCAUUCACCGUAGUAUCCCAUUUCACUUCAAAGUGUUUCUUAUUGAUGAUAUAUUUAAGAGUAAGUCGGCCUCAACUGCCAACUCGAUUUCGGGCAGUAUCUUGCACAACGCCACGGCUGGUAUUCCAGCCCGCCUCAUCGGCCUCAUCCUCACCACCAAAACCGAGAACCUUUUACACCACCACCGCCUCAAAACCCACAACAAUGAAGACAAGGAUACUGCAUGUACCCCGGGGCAGAGACCCCGGGCAGUUCACAUCACCAGACAGCAUCGACACCUGGGAGGUCUCGUCAGACCCAUCCGUGCACGACACCAUCGCGCCCCUGCGCGAGGCAGCAACCCUCCUCCAGCAGAGCGAUAUCCCCGUCGCAUUCCCCACAGAAACAGUCUACGGCCUCGGCGCAGAUGCAACGCGCAGCGCUGCCGUCAAGGGCAUCUACGCCGCCAAGGGCCGGCCCUCGGACAACCCGCUCAUCGUGCACGUCUGCGACCUCGACAUGCUCCGCCGCCUGCUGCGGCCCGCCAACGGCGGCAACACAAACGGCACAAGCACCACUGCCACAGCUACUACUAAUGGCCACUCGGGCCAGGGCCAGGAAGACGAGGACCCGAUCCCGCAGAUCUACAGGCCCCUCCUGCGCCGGUUCUGGCCGGGCCCCCUCACGGUCCUCCUCCCCAACCCGGCGGGCUCGGCCCUCGCGCCCGAGGUGACGGCGGGGCUGCCGACCUUCGGGGCCCGGAUGCCGGCCUCGGCGCUGGCGCGCAGCCUGAUCGCGCUGGCGGGGGCGCCCCUCGCGGGGCCCUCGGCCAACGCGAGCACCAAGCCCAGCCCCACCGCGGCGCGGCACGUCGUGGACGACCUGGACGGCCGGCUGGAGCUGGUGCUCGACGGCGGGGUCUGCGGCGUCGGCGUCGAGAGCACCGUCGUCGACGGAAUGUGCGACCCGCCCGUGGUGCUGCGGCCCGGCGGCGUGAGCAUGGAGGAGCUGAGGCGCGUGGAGGGGUGGGGGGGCGUCGUCAAGGCGUACAAGGACGCCAGCGAGGUCGGGGAGGACGGCGCGGGCCCCCGCGCGCCGGGGAUGAAGUACAAGCAUUACAGCCCCCGGGCGAGGGUGGUCCUGUUCGAGGCCCGGACGGGGACGCGGAGCGAGGAGGUGCUGCGGGAGUUGGAGGGGGUGGAGGGGCGCAGGGAUGUGGUUGGCGUUGUCCGCACGCAUCGGUGGGAGAGGCUACCGGGGCGUGAGGUCGGCGCAGAGGAGGGAGACACGGAUGGGGACGCCGACCUGAGCUACGAGAUACACACGUCUGUCGUUGACGCGUCGCGGGUCUUGGACAUCGGGCUUGGGCCCGACAGCAGGACAGUCGCCCAGGGCCUGUUCUCGGCGCUGAGGGAGCUGGACAGGAAAGGGGCGGACGUCAUCUUCAUCGAGGGCAUCGAGGACAAGGACGACAUCGCGGCAGCCGUCAUGAACCGCCUGCGCAAGGCGGCCUCGGAGAUUAGAGCAUAGAGGGCGAUGGCGAUAUAGACAGAAGCGCGCCCGGCAUAUAGACUUGCGCCCAAUCACCAAAGAGAUAAUAAUGUCAU